ACCUCUUACCAUUAGAGCCAUAGCCUACUUACCCCCUCUCUCUCUCUCUCUCUCUCUCUCUCAAUAUCAUUACUUUGUUGUGUCAAUGGGAUUCUUUAUUCUCCCACCAUAUCAAAGAUUUGAUCUUGCCAUGCAAAACAUGCUACUUUUCCUGCUUUGAUGUGUGCCCAAGUUGAGCUCCACUUUUUUCCAGCAAAUACAUGCCAUUUAUUUCUCAUGGGUAAUCCAUUUUUCUAACCAAAUUUUCUCUCUACAAGCAUUAGGGUGUUCCCCCCAACUCUUGAUAGAAAAGGAGUAAUUUGAGCUAUUGUAACACUUGGCCAACAAUGAAAUUGGCUUUUGCUUUAGUUUUGGCUCUCUAUUUAGGCCUAUUUUCUACUGCAUUAUGUAGAAAUAUUUCUUCUAGGCCUUCUAUAGUGAACAUUGGAGCUGUAUUCGCAUUCAACUCGACAAUUGGGCGUGUCAUGAACGUCGCCAUCGAUGCCGCCGUGGACGAUGUGAACUCCGAUCCCAGUGUUCUCAAAGGAUCGAAGCUCGUCGUCACGAAGAGUGACACAAAUUGUGAUGGGUUCCUUGGCACCAUUGAAGUUCUUCAGUUCAUGGAGACUGAUAUUGUCGCGGUCGUGGGCCCGCAGUGUUCCACCAUUGCUCAUAUCAUUUCAUACAUUGCAAAUGAGCUCCAUGUCCCUCUCCUCUCCUUUGCGACCGAUCCGACCCUUUCGUCCAUUCAAUUCCCCUUUUUCGUUCGAAGCACUCAAAAUGAUCUUUUCCAAAUGACUGCGAUAGCUGAGAUGGUCGACUACUACCAGUGGAGGCAAGUAAUCGCUAUCUACGUCGACGACGAGUAUGGCAGAAAUGGUAUAGCCGCAUUAGGCGAUGAACUCGCAGAGCGGCGCUGCAAAAUCUCUUAUAAAGCUGUAUUUUCGCCCGUGGCCACUCCUAGUGACAUUCUUGAUUUAUUAGUUAGUGUUGCAUUGAUGGAGUCGCGAAUCAUCGUUCUCCACGCGAAUCCGACUUUCGGGAAGAUAGUUUUCUCUGUGGCCAACCGUCUUAAGAUGAUGGGGAACGGGUAUGUGUGGAUUGCGACAGAUUGGCUUUCUAGUUUUCUCGAUACUUAUUCGCCCCUCCCUUCUGAAACAAUGAACAAUAUGCAAGGAGUUCUCACAUUACGGCAACACACGGCCGAUACAAAGAUGAAGAGCGCCUUAGUUUCGAAUUGGAAAAUGCUAACCAAAAAGUACAGUAAUGCGGUUUUCGGACUUAAUGCUUACGGCUUAUAUGCUUACGAUGCUGUAUGGGCAGUUGCCAAGGCUCUAGAUGCCUUUUUCGAUGACGGUGGAGUGAUCUCGUUUUCUAAUGAUACGAGGUUGAAGGAGGCAAAUGGUAGCAAUCUACAUCUUGAAGCACUGAGCAUAUUUGAUGGAGGGAAUCUUCUUCGUGACGAGAUUCGGAAGAUAAAUUUUACAGGAGUAACUGGGCAGUUUCAGUUUGAUUCUGAUGGCUUUCUCAUACAUCCUGCUUAUGAUAUUAUCAAUAUAAUAGGUAGUGGGUCACGCAUAAUCGGUUAUUGGUCCAACUAUUCUGGGUUGUCGGUUGUGCCGCCCGAAACCCUCUAUUCGAAACCAUCAAAUCAUUCUUUGGCAAAUAAUCAGCUACACAGUGUGAUUUGGCCAGGGGAAACAACCGAAAAGCCCCGAGGAUGGUCUUUUCCUUACAACGCAAAGGAGUUGAGAAUCGGCGUUCCAAAUAGAGUUGGCUUCCGCGAGUUUGUCUCUAAAGAUCCGACCACAAACACGGUGAAGGGUUACUGCAUCGAUGUGUUUACCUCUGCAGUUGCGUUGCUGCCGUAUGCUGUUCCAUACAAGUUCAUACCUUUUGGGAAUGGACACCAAAAUCCAAAUUACUAUGAACUUGUCAAUAUGGUGGCAUUAAAUGUAUUUGAUGCUGUUGUAGGCGACAUUGCAAUCGUUACAAACCGGACGAAACUCGUGGAUUAUACACAGCCAUACAUUGAAUCAGGUCUUGUGGUAUUGGCCCCAGUUAAGAAGCGUACCUCAAAUGCGUGGGCUUUCCUGCAACCGUUUAAACUAGGGAUGUGGUGCAUCACGGCCCUGUCUUUCUUUAUUGUGGGAGCAGUUAUCUGGAUUCUUGAGCAUAGGAUCAACGACGACUUCCGCGGGCCUCCGAAAAAACAACUAGUCACCAUAUUCUGGUUCAGCUUCUCAACUCUAUUUUUCGCACAUAGAGAGAACACCGUAAGCACGUUAGGGCGCGCAGUGCUGCUAAUAUGGCUCUUCGUGGUUCUGAUCAUUCAGUCUAGCUACACAGCUAGCUUGACAUCGAUCCUCACGGUGCAACAACUCUCUUCUCCUAUAAAAGGAAUCUACAGCUUGAUAGCUGGCGACGAACCUAUCGGGUUUCAAGUGGGUUCUUUUGCUGAAAAUUAUAUGGUGGAGGAGCUCGGAAUUUCGAGGUCGAGGCUCAAACCUCUUGGCUCCCCACAAGAGUACGCAAAUGCCCUCGAAUUGGGCCCAGAAAAUGGAGGUGUCGCUGCUGUGGUGGACGAACGGCCUUAUAUUGAGCUAUUUCUGGCAAAGGAAUGCCGGUUUUCCAUCAUUGGUUCUGAAUUCACCAAAAGUGGCUGGGGAUUUGUGUUCCCAAGAGACUCGCCUCUAGCCGUGGACAUGUCGACCGCCAUCCUGAGACUCUCCGAGAACGGCGACCUCCAGAGGAUCCACGACAAGUGGCUGACCAACGAGGUGUGCAGAUCAGAGACCAACGAGAUCGAUUCGGAGCGUCUGCACCUCAGCAGCUUCUGGGGCCUGUUCCUCAUCUGCGGGGUUGCAUGCUUUGUCGCGCUCGCCAUUCACUUCUUUAUCAUGCUGCGCCGGUUCAUCCGCCACACGCCUCCUGACGAUUCCGAGCCGUCUGUUGGAGGGCUCUCGAGAUCCGGGCGGAGCAUUAAGAAGUUCUUCUCAUUUGUCGACGAGAGGGAAGAAGAACCAAAGAGAAGGUCGACGCAAAGGCAGGCACAGAGGCCGACGAGCAAUGUCGUGGUUGAUAUUGAAAGUUAGCAUCGAAAUAAUGCUCUGAAAAAUAUAUCGAAAGAGCAUUCAUAUACGAAACUCGAGUUCAUGUUAGUAGUUUUACAUUCAUAAGCACAAAAUCAUCUAUAGUUCCUGUACCACUAUGUAUGUGUUACGAAAAUAGUUAUGCCAACUCUAAACCGAUUUUCUGACGGCAAGUUAUACUCUGAGAAUGAUUGCCAUCAAUAGAUUUUUUUCCAAGAAGAAUUCGGUGGUUUCAAUCACACUUCACUGAAUUCAUUGGAUGACCUGGUAUUGUUGAA